CAAACAUCCUUGCAGAAGUCUCUUUUCUCUUGCUGAAAAGUCCAGCCUAUGUGCAAUAAUUUAAAAAACUAGAUCCAUUUUUAGAUUUUGUUGGUUUGUUUCAGGGUGAAAACGGUUCUUCAGGAUGUGGCUGCUGAUUAUUUGGGUCUCCGUCUUGAUUUGGGCUGCAGGAACGUUCUGGUUUCUGUUCAAAAAACCGAGUCCGUUUUCUGCUUCAUCGGUGAGGCCUGCAGAACCGUUAGAGCUGGACCAGAAGAAGAGAGAUAAAGUGCUGAAACAAGGAUUUACCAAGGAAAAGAUUCCAGCGAAUCUUGAUGCGAUUAUAAUAGGAAGUGGGAUCGGAGGAAUGACGGCUGCAGCCACAAUGGCCAAAUCAGGGAAGAAAGUUCUGGUUUUGGAGCAACACGACGUGGCAGGAGGCUGCUGUCACACUUUCACUGAGAAGGGCUUCGAGUUUGAUGUGGGGCUCCACUACUUCGGUCAGCUGCAUGAAAACGGUCUGCUUAAGGUUGCGAUGGACCAGAUCUCAGAGGGUCAGCUGGAGUUUGUGGAGCUGCCGCAGCAUUUCGACAGUAUUGUGAUUGACGAUAAAGGCAAACGGAGAGACUACCCCAUCCUGAGCGGCCGGGUGGAGAUGGAGCAGAACUUGAAGAAACUCUUCCCUAAUGACGUGAAAGCCGUGGAGGAGUUCUUUAAGGUCAUGAAGCUCACAGCCAGGAAAACUCCUCUGAUGGCCAUCCUGAAGAUCAUCCCACAGUGGUUUGCUCUCUUUCUGAUCAAAAGUGGCAUCGCUAACCUGAUCUCGUCCAUCUUUCGGCUCUCAGACUUCAACGCUACUGAGAUGAACUACAAACUGACCAGCAACAAGGACUUGCACCUGAUCUUCUCCUAUUUCUUCUAUGGUGUUGCUCCUAAAGAGUCCAGCUUCAUGAUCAAUGCUCUGAUGCUGCACCACUUCAAGCGUGGAGCGUAUUAUCCUAAAGGGGGCGCCAGUGAGAUCCCCUUCCACGUUACUAAAGUCAUACAGAAAUAUGGCGGCAGUGUGCUGGUCCGGGCCCCUGUGAGCCGAAUUCUGGUCGAUAACAAGGGAACUGCAUAUGGAGUGACGGUGAAGAAAGGUGAAGAGCAUGUAGAAAUCCGAGCUCCUGUCAUCAUCUCCAACUGUGGGAUUUUCAAUACUUUCCAGAAGCUUUUACCUACAGAAAUACAAACCAAGCCAGAGAUUCAGAGUCGUCUGGACAUGAUGAGGCCUGGUAAAGCAUCGUUCCUCCUCUUCUCUGGCUUUGAUGCCACUCAGGAAGAGCUGGGCAUCACGGCCACCAGCACCUGGCUCUUCAAAUCCAACGACAUGGAUGGCAUGAUGGAUGAUUUCUUCAGUAUGAGUAAAGACGAGGCUCCAGAGAAUGUUCCUAUGGUUCUCAUUACUUUCCCUUCAGCCAAAGACUCACAGACAUCACAGAUAAGACACCCAGGAAAGUCCUGUAUGACCAUCCUGACCAUGGUGAAUUAUGAAUGGUUCGAGGACUGGAAGGACACGCGAGUGAGGAAACGAGGAGACGAUUAUUUCAGCUAUAAGCAGAGAUUUGCAGACCAUAUCUUUAACUGGGCUUGCCAACAUUUCCCCAAACUCAAAGACAAGCUGGUGUAUCAGGAGGCAGCGACUCCUCUGACUAACAUGCAUUACCUCAGCUGUAACCGAGGGGCCAUUUACUCAGCAGAUCACAAUCUGGAGCGCUUCUACGCUGAGGCCAUGGCUCGAAACCGCUGCGAUACGCCUGUCAAAAACCUGUAUCUGUCAGGUCAGGAUAUAUUCAGCUGUGGUAUCGCCGGGGCUUUGCAUGGUGGUCUCCUGUGUGCGUCUACCGUCCUGAACUACCCGGUGUACAUCGACCUCUAUUUGCUCAAGAAGAACCUCAAAUGGAGGAAAGCCAAGGAGACGGCGAAACUGGCGGAGAAGAAGCAGCAGUGAUGAAGAAAGCAGAUCUGCGCAGGCAAACUAAUGCACAUUUCCACACACAGCUAAAUCUACUCAGUCCAGAGAAUAUUUGGUCUCCCUUUAAAUAAGAGCAAACAGGUUGGUCAUAAGUAAAUCUGCUGUUUGUGGAGGUGCUUAUGAUCCUGAUUUUGAGAGAUUCAAUGUGUUAUAUUUCAGCUGAUUUCAUCUAAGGCCGU